AUGAAAACUCCCCUGGUGGUGUGCUUUCUUUUUCUGAUAGUGGGUGCUAAAAGGGCGGUGGGCCUACGAACACGCAAUGUCAUUGAUCCGAUUCACGGCGGCGUGGGAAGGGUCAUUGGUGGAAAAGGCGUGUCCAUCGAUAGAAACGAUGGCAGUAUUAUAAGUGAUAACGAAGGGGAGAAUGAUCGCAACGGAGGAGAUAUCCCCAAAGCGGAAGGUGAGGAAGGAAGAGAUGCACAAGAUAAAGGGAAUGCAAAAGUAGUAAUGCCCAUAGAUGAAGCCAACCAGAGCAACAUCGCAAAUAUAUGCUCCUGUGAUUUCACAGAAAGAUUGAACUUCAUUCCGCAGGAGAAAACAAAAGUGGUGUGCAACCUGAACCCACACCACGGAGAAGAAGUGAAAAUAUGGGUUAACAAAGAAUACGAAGUGAAGUGUUUCCAGAAUUCUCGGGUGUACUGUCCAUCAAAAGACAACAUAGUGAACAACACAGACAUUACUACCUAUUCCCCCAAAUUGAAAUAUAAUAUAAGUGAUGUCGUGCAUAGAGACAGGGAGGUAAAGGAGUAUCACCUGCAGAUUGACAAAGACGCAAGUGACAUUUUAUUAUUCUGCUCGAUCAAACCUAAACAAGUGUCCGAGUUGUUAGAGGGAGAAGUGAAAAUAAAUUUGAAGAGAGAAAUUAGUGAAGAGUAUUCAAUACCAGAUGAACAUGGAAUACACGCUUGUAACUUUUCUAAAGGAAAUUUAGAUAUUUCUCCAUCAGCAGGAUUUUAUUAUAAAAAUGAUAGAUCAGUUAGCUGUAUUUAUCUUGUUAUUCCAAACAAAUUAUUUUUAAUUAAAUUACCCAAAUUAGAUAUAGUUACAAAUCAGCUUCUGCCCAGUUUGGUCAACUGUUUAUCUGAACACUCUUUUAUUAAUUUUAAUUUAAAACAUGUCGAAGAAGGUGAUGAGUCCAUUUCUUUGCACCUAUCCUUUGGUGAUUUUAAAAGAACAUUUAAUUUAUCCUGCGCAUUUGAUUUAUCCGAAUAUGUUAUUGAGCCCUGUCUGCUUGGGAAGAAGGGAAUCGUAACGUUUUACUUCAAUGCAUAG